AUGUUGAAUAGUUCAAAUAAUAUACAAAAUGAAAAUAAUGAUUUAUUACAAACUAAAUUUAUGUUAGAUGAUAAUCCGUUACUAUUUCGAACUGGAAUCAAUCAAGUAACUUAUGAACAAUUGUAUUCUUCUAUGCUUCAAUUAGAUGUUAAUUCAAAACGAAUCAUUCAUUUUAUUCUUGUUUUAUGUACAUACAGAAUGAAAAAAAUCUAUCAAUUAUUAGAAUCAUUAUUGAAAUCAUAUGUUUCACAAAAUAUUUCUAUUGUCUAUGUUACAUUUGAUGAGAUAAAAUCAUUUUUAAUCAAAUAUGAACAAAUAUCACAUGAAAUUCUUCAAAAAGACAUUUUAACAUCUGUUACAUUGCAAAAUUCUCAUAACACAUCUUCAUCAACUAUGUCGACUAAAAAAAAUGUAUUCAAACAACACACAAUUUUAUUUCAAUCAGUUAACUUUAAUAAAGAAUUUAAUACUAAUGCAGACGUCAAUAAUGAAAACAUAAUAAAUUCAAUAUCUGAGCAAGAUAUUCUCAAUCUAUCUCCAAAAACAGAUAAUAAUACAAUAGAAAAGAUUGAUUUAUUCAAUGAAGAAUUUUUACUUAAUUAUCUUCAAAAAUCAUCACUUGUUCUUAUAUUCAUGAAACAUUUAGAUGAGACAUAUCUCAAUGCAUUUAUUCGAUGGUAUACGGAAGUUCUCAUCAAAUCUGAUGUACAUUCCAAUCAAUCAUUCACAUCUAGUUGGAAUAAAGCUAUUGAACAUUGUUGGCUUGUAACAAGUGAUUAUCAACGUGCUCAAACAGUUUUUAGUAUUCCAAAAACAAAUUUAUUUCUCUGGCCAACAGAACAUAACGAUUUUGAUCAUAUAUCAAUUAUUAUUUCAUCGAUUCUUAUUCUACCUAUUGCAUUAACUAUUAAUUAUGAAAUCUAUACGAUGUUUAUUGAUGGCAUGUCUAUUGUUGAUAAACAUUGUCAAGAAACAACAUUGGAUCGAAAUAUUUGUAUAAAAAUGGCACUUUUACGUAUAUGGUCAACUAUUUGUGAACGAAAAAAUAAUGCAAUUAUUACUUGUGAUGAUGAUCUUCAAUAUUUCGGUGAAUAUGCUAAAAUGUUAUUUACUGAAUAUGAUGAUUAUAUUGAUGAACACAAAAUGAAAACGAAAUUUGUAUCUAUUCAUGGAAUGCCAUUAGCAAAAACUUUUCUUCAAAAAAUAUCUAAUGAUCAAAAUCCUUUCUCAUAUGAUUUAAUUACAAUUAGUGAUGUUAUACAAAAUACAAAUUUUGCUAAUAAACAAUCACCUUCAUUAACAACUCAUUCUUUUCAGAAUGAAGUAAACGAUGCAAGUGACAAUAAUCUAUCUGAUGAAAAAUUAUCUCUUAAUCGUCAUUCAUCAGAAUUAUUAACUAUAUUGACAGAAUUCUAUGAACAAGAAAAAACAUUACAAGCAGAUAAAAUUUUUCAUCCACAUACUUUGAUCUUACUUGAUCAAUACACACCAUUAACGAUAGCAUUUAUGACAAUGCAAAAAAAAAAACAAAUUGAAAAUAAACCAUGUCGAAUUGGUGUGAGAGCUAUUGUGUAUUAUUCAAAUUUUGCAGGUGUUCUUAUUGGUGUUUAUCAAAUAUCCAUGUUUUUUGAAAGCAUAAUUCGUGAAAAUAUUUUUCAACUAAAUGAUCAAACUAGUCUUCGUCGUUCACAAGAUAAAAUUAUUACUCAACAUCAAGAAAAUAUUACACAAGAUCUAAUAAAUGAAAUAAGUCAAAUAUAUCUCGAUGAAUAA